ACGGCGUUCGUAAAAUAAACUUCAGUUUGAAGAGAAAUGUGGAUGAUAAAGUUUCAGUAAUAUGAUUAAAGGCUUUCAUUGAUACGCAUGCGCCUCCUAUGAAAAACAAACGGAGAUAUGGCGUCGAAUAUUGAAUCAACUUGUGUACCCAUGGACGACUCAAAUGAAGAAAGUGAAGAAAGUGAUUAUACAUAUAAUCCAGAUGACGAUUAUAUUUUGCAAGAACAAUGGAAAAUUCCGCGAAUGGAAAUGCCGUCAAGGCGUGAACCUAGUGAAGAAAGGAUACCACUGAUUCCAAUACAAGAUGAUACGGGGCGAAAUUCAGAAACACAACUUACAACUGAAUUUUAUAAAAAGACAUAUACCAGUGGAACAAUCAGUUUACAAAUCAACAACAACAUGACCGAACAAAACAUACACUUACAGGAUGUAAAGUUCAUCAAGAUAGAUGCUGAUAAGGGGGACAAUGACAGUAUUCUGAAGACAGUUGCGGAAGGCGUUGUUAAACAGGUUUGGCAACUUCGUCAUAAAAAUCUUCUGAUGUCAGUCCUUUCCGGUGCGCUCGAGUUGGACAACGAAGUUCGUGGAGCAAUACAAAACGCUAUCGAAGGUGUUUUAGAAGGGACAUGUGUGGUGACUGACGGAACUUACAAAGGAGGGUCCAGACUUGUCGAACAGGCUGUAAUUGAGUUCAACAUAAACAAAAAAAAACAUCCAAUAGGUUGUCCACUUAUUGGAAUCGUCUACUUGGACGACAUACUGAAUAAAACAACGAUAAAGGAGCCAUGGGAAGUGAAAAAAGGAGUUUUCGGCAUUGACUCAGAUGGCGAGCUGUUUAUCGUCGAUAAUCGCAAGCAAAGGUGGACGUUGAACCCAGCUUCAUUGACCAAAGUUAAUGUUCAACGUGACGGCAACACCACGACUAGUCCUUUAACUGGUGAUGUUCAUGGCAAUUCAAGCUCUCCUCACUUUGAUGUUGGCGCCUUGGUGCAGAUCAGAAAUGAACCGGCGACCUGGAAUCCUAUAUGUGAUUUCAAAAAGGAAAACUAUACAGAGGCGAUCAUUGGAAAAAUUGGUUUCAUAGUGCAGGUGACCACGGAUAAUGACCUGUUGAUCCAAGUGAACGGUGAACCAUAUUCGUUAUGGUACAAGACGGACGCUGUCACAUUGAUGACGGGAAAGCAUUUCAUUGACCCUUUGAAGAAAAUCUUCAACGAAUACCAGCUUUUAGAUGUGAAUGACGAGCUUGUACAGGCUGUUUCGAGCGACAAUGACAUAAAUGUCUACGCGAUCAUCCACCAGGCAUACACAGAAUUCAUGGAAUUUACAUGUGGGUCGUUCGGCGUAGAUUACAGUGGAAACUUUUUUGUCGUAGACGCCAAUGGGACGAGGAGGACUUUCGGCCCAGAUGAUUUGAAUACAGAUCUUGGUUGCACACAAGAUAUUCAAGUUUAUGCUCACGGUGACCUGGUGAAGAUCCAUCCGGCCGGGUCGACUGAGCAAUGGAACGACCAGAUGAUAAGUGCAAUCGGUAAAGUUGGUGCAGUAGUGAUUGAAAAUGAUCCCAGCUGUUCAAUUUACGUAAGAGUGUGCGGUUAUAUCAACAAGUACAGCCACAGAGAUCUUGCGUUAGUGGAUGAAGGGCGCUUUAAUCUAUUGAGGGAACACAUGAAUACCGAUAUGGGGUAUUGUGUGAGAGACGAGCUUCAACAAGCUGUAUUCGACAACGACUGCAACAAAGUGAACGCUACAAUACGCAAAGCUUACAAAGAUAGUAGACGCGUCUGUGAAUAUUUGAACGACACAGCUGAAAAUAAUUUGGGUACAUGGCACAACCUGUUCGUCUUAGUGGACAACUCUACGCUUGGAAAAUUCAGAUGCCAUAUGAGACACUUUCGAGCUAUUCUAGCAAAACAAAUUUCGUCCGAAAUGAUCGGAUCAAGGAUGAGUGGGGAUUUCAACCAAGAUCGGCAAGUUCUACAGUAUCCACUCGUCAAUCUUCAUUUUAAUGACACAACCGCACAGUCAACUGUAGCAUUCUCUAUGGACAAAGACAUACCUUCCGUGGUUGUAAUCACUACUGACUCGGAUACUCGCAAACGACAAGACAGUGCCAUUUCGGACAAAACGCAUAAAUUCAAAGAGGAAAUGCUCAGAAACAUAAAUCGGUGCCAUUCUGUAACUCCUGAUUUACACCGAACUUACCAGAAGGAACACCUAUUGGCGGUCAUAAAUUUUAGCGACAUGUCCACAAUGCUUGUGCAGAUGAUCGUGGAUGUUGUUUGGAAAGCUUGUUCAGUUAGGAGGAGACUCUUGGAAUGGAUUCUUUACGAUCAAAAGAAAAAUCCUGAAGUGUUCAUGCCACUGAUCUGUGCACGACGCAAUGAACUGGAUGACACUGGCAUGCAAAUGGAUAGUGAUGAUAUCGCAUUUAUCAUGCGUUAUUGUUUGAGUAACAAUCAUGCAGAAUGUGUUAGAGCGUUAUUGCAACCUGAUGUCAAUAUGAAUUCAACUUGGAUAGAAGCUUCACAAUACGAAGAAUUAUGUGAUGAUAAUGAUGGAUUGCUGAAACGUUUGAAGUCACAGGACCCGAUUAAGUGGGUCAUGCAGAGAAUGAAGGAGUGCCCAGUGCGAGGCGAAGUCAAAGGCCACGAAGCGUGGAAACCUGCGACAUACCCAUCUGAUAAACAGCCGAAAACUGAAGAUGUAUUGCAAUACUGGGGGUACAUGUUUAUUUGGGCUUUAUUGUUGCGUAAACACGACAUGGCGAAAAUAAUCUGGACAAAAACGGAGCAUCCACUCUUUAUGGCCCUCAUUGCACACAACUUAUGCAAGGCGGUGAAAAAGCAAACAGACGAUAAUGUUCUAAUUGCCGAAAUGGAAAAAGAUUUGAGGGAGUGGACUACUACGGCUAUAGAAUUUCUAGACGAAUGCUACCAGGAUGGAGAUCAACUCACAUACGACCAUCUGAAAAUGGCCAUGCCUUUUUGGAAUGCGAAAUCAUGCCUAGAUUUGGCUGUUGAUUCAAGAAACAUGGAGUUCCUGGCCCAACAAGCGUGUCGAAAUCUAGUUGGAGAUGUCUGGAAUGGGAAAUGUACGGGUGACAAGUUAAACCAGAGUCAAAAGCCAUCCUCAGACACAGACUUAAACAAGUUCUCCUUGAACCAAAUGCAGGCUCCAAAAUGGAAAUUCGUGUACAAUGCGGACGACCUGUUACACAGACUCAAUGUGGCAUGCGCUAUGGACGACCUGUUACACAGACGCAAUGUGGCAUACGCUAUGGACGACCUGUUACACAGACUGAAUGUGGCAUACGCUAUGGAAUACCUGUUACACAAACUCAAUGUGGCAUACGCUAUGGACGACCUGUUGCACAGACUGAAUGUGGCAUACGCAAUGGACGACCUGUUACACAUACUCAAUGUGGCAUACGCUAUGAACGACCUGUUACACAGACUCAAUGUGGCAUACGUUAUGGACGGACUGUUACGAAGUCUGAAUGUGGCAUACGCUAUGGACGACCUGUUACACAGAAUCAAUGUGGCAUACGAUAUGGACAACCUGAUACACAGGCUCAAUGUGGCAUACGCUAUGGAUAACCUGUGA